CCCUUAGACACCACGGUCCUCGAGCACGAUUCGUUCCUCUCUCGCCAUUCCCAAGAUAAAGCAACCAACACCGAAAAGAGAGAGAGAGAGAAAUAAAAAGAAAGAGAGAGAAGAACAAAUUCAACACUCACACACACACAAAGUGACUCUUCCGAUGAUGUUAAUCGGCGACGGUGCCGGUUGCCGGAAAGUCCUCGUCGGCGUUAAAUUAGAUCCUCGCAGCCGCGAAUUGCUGACGUGGGCUCUCGUCAAGGUCGCCGAGCCCGGCGACCUCGUCAUUGCGCUUCACGUCCUCGACUCCAUCACUGAGGGAACGGCAUCGCUGUUAUCUCUCGUGAAGACGUUCGAUUCCGUUCUCGGCGUUUAUGAAGGCUUCUGCAACCUAAAACAGGUUGGUCUGAGGCUUAAAGUGUGUCGCGGAGGUUCGGUAAGGAAGGCGUUGGUGCAGGAGGCAAAGGCGUUUGGCGUUUCCACCGUGAUUUUGGGAACUUCGAAAUCUUAUCAUACUAUUCGUUCUUCCGCGUGGGUUGCGAAAUACUGCGCAAAGAAAUUGCCGAAGUGUAUCUCUGUUUUCUCCGUUGAUAAUGGCAAAAUCGCGUUCCGGAGAGAAGCUAAUGGAAAUUGCAGUGAUCGAGAGAAAUUGUGUGAAGGGUCAAGUUUGUCGUCAAAAUCGUUGGUGGUUUACACAAAUAAGAAUAUGAAGAGUUGUGGAAGUUGUGCAUUGCAAGAGGGUUCUGGAACUGAGUUUGAGCAAGGGUUGUGUGAGGAUGUUGAGAAGGAGAAUCCGCUUGCUUUGGUUCCGUUUAAGAAGCUUGAAGAUGCUCCUUGUUUUUCGGUUGUGGUGGAUAAUUCGAAGCCUAAACCUGGUUGGUCACUGCUUCGCCAUGUGUUUCAUCACAAGAAGCAUAACCAUAAGUCUUCUUCUAUGAAGAAUACAUUUGUUUUUCAACGGGCGUUGCGGCAGCCGAAUUGUCAUUCUUCUGCUGUGGUCCAUCCAGAUCAUAAACAAAUUAGUUUUAAGCAGAUUGAUGAUUCCCCUCUUGAUGGGGUGAGUGGUGCCAUUGUGCCAUUUGAAUCUGCUACAACUACUCUCUUUACUCUUCCCUCCAUUUGCAGUGGUUUGAGUAGCCUUCCUGAAGAAUUGUUAGUAUUACAAGAGAAGUACUCGUCCUUGUGCCGAUUAUAUCGUUUGCAGGAACUUUUAUCUGCAACCUCCAACUUUGCAUCUGAUAAUUUGAUUGGCAGAGGUGGCUGUAGUUAUGUUUACAGAGGAUGUCUUCCAGAUGGCGAGGAAUUGGCGGUGAAAAUUUUGAAGCCGUCUGAAAACGUGAUAAAGGAGUUUGUUCAGGAAAUUGAGAUCAUUACAACUUUGCGCCACAAGAACAUAAUAUCUAUAUCUGGCUUUUGUUUAGAGGGCAACCAUUUGCUACUAGUGUAUGAUUUUUUAUCAAGAGGAAGCCUGGAAGAAAACCUUCAUGGCAACAAGGUGGACUGUAGUGCAUUUGGUUGGCAAGAAAGGUACAAGGUGGCCGUGGGUGUAGCUGAGGCACUGGAUUAUCUGCAUAAUGGCUGUGCUCAGGCUGUGAUCCAUAGGGAUGUGAAAUCUUCUAAUAUCCUUCUUUCAGAUGAUUUUGAGCCUCAGCUUUCAGAUUUUGGACUGGCUAGUUGGGGUUCAUCUUCUUCCCAUAUUACUUGUACUGAUGUGGCCGGAACUUUUGGAUACCUCGCACCUGAGUACUUUAUGCACGGUAGAGUGACUGAUAAAAUUGACGUAUAUGCUUUUGGUGUUGUACUCCUUGAGCUUCUCUCAAAUAGGAAGCCCAUUAACAAUGAAUGCCCAAAGGGCCAGGGGAGCCUUGUUAUGUGGGCAAUACCAAUUUUGGAAGGUGGGAAGUUUUCCCAGUUGCUUGAUCCAAGCCUAGGCAGUGAAUAUGACGAUUGCCAGAUCAGGAGAAUGAUUUUGGCCGCUACUCUCUGCAUUAGACGGGUUCCUAGGUUGCGACCUCAAAUCAGCCUUAUAUUGAAACUUCUGCACGGUGAUGAAGAGGUGAUAAGAUGGGCAGAACAAGAAGUUAUUGCGCCACAGGAACUCGAUGGAUGUGAUGAGGAACCAGUUCCAACUAACAUUCAGUCACACCUAAACCUUGCUUUACUGGACUUGGAGGAUGAUACGAUUUCUAUCAGUAGCACCGAGCAGAGUGUCUCUUUGGAGGACUAUUUGCAUGGAAGAUGGAGUCGAUCUUCAAGUUUUGACUAACCAGUUGUUCAUAUUGAUGCCACAUUGGAAUCAAAUGUUUGUUUCAUAAUUAUUUUUUGUUUUUCUUAGGUUAGAUUUUCAAAUUCUGCAGUAUAGCACUGAUUGGGUCUUGGAAGAGAGGUCCAACGGCAAAAAAAGUUCAGCCCCCCUCCUUGACUUUGUAGCUAUGUCUCACUCAAUCUGUAUUCUGGAAAGCUUUUAGCGGUAGAAAACUCAUGUUGGUGCGUUUGGGCUUUUGGGAUCAGAUUCUAACGGGGCUAAUUGCGUAAAAUUUGACCAAACAAUGAAGAGUACAUAUAUUCCACUUUGAGAGAACGACCUUUUGCUUCUUAGUUGCCUGGUGUCACAUCCAAAGUCCACAUACAUAAAGUGUGGUCUCGUCGUCAUUAAGACUAUAUAUCUUUUUUUCCUUUUUCUUUUCUUAACUAAAACUAUUUUCUAUGCUUUCUUCUUGUGAUGUGAAAUUGUGAAUAAACUGAUCUGUAAAGUUUGAGUUUAAGGUAA